AGCCGCCUCCGCCUCUGCCGCCUCCGCCGUCGCCUCCUCCGCCCGGGCCGUUCGCUGCUGCGCGGGGAGAGCGAGGCGGGGCCGCCGGGGCCGCCAUGGAGCCCGACUCGGUGAUUGAGGACAAGACCAUCGAGCUCAUGUUACCGAAGUGCAUGUUUGGGAUUUUGUUGAAGAAAGCUGGAUACAGUAAACGGAAAGAAUCUUGGAAGCUGCUUGACUGCUGUCUUUUCUCAGACUAGUCUGAAAGGGAAUACCCCCAUUCAUUCUGGAUUGGUGGAUCUGAAGUACAAAAUAUUUUCCAGAACACUUCAGUUAUGGAGGAUCAAAAUGAAGAUGAGUCCCCAAAGAAAAGUACUCUUUGGCAGAUCAGUAAUGGAACGUCAUCCGUGAUCGUCUCCAGAAAGAGGCCAUCAGAAGGGAACUAUCAAAAAGAAAAAGACUUGUGUAUUAAAUAUUUUGACCAGUGGUCUGAAUCAGAUCAAGUGGAAUUUGUGGAACACCUCAUUUCACGAAUGUGUCAUUACCAGCAUGGACAUAUUAACUCUUACCUGAAGCCCAUGUUGCAGCGGGACUUCAUUACUGCUUUACCAGAGCAAGGCUUAGAUCACAUAGCAGAAAACAUUCUUUCUUACCUGGAUGCCAGGUCUCUGUGUGCAGCAGAGCUGGUAUGUAAAGAAUGGCAGCGAGUGAUCUCCGAAGGAAUGCUUUGGAAGAAGCUGAUUGAACGAAUGGUGCGCACUGAUCCUCUAUGGAAGGGACUUUCAGAAAGGAGAGGGUGGGAUCAGUACCUAUUUAAAAACAGACCCACAGAUGGCCCUCCCAAUUCAUUUUAUAGGUCAUUAUACCCAAAGAUUAUCCAGGAUAUAGAGACUAUAGAAUCUAACUGGCGGUGUGGACGACACAACUUGCAGAGGAUUCAGUGCCGCUCUGAAAAUAGUAAAGGUGUCUACUGUUUACAGUAUGAUGAUGAGAAAAUUAUCAGUGGCCUGCGGGAUAAUUCUAUUAAGAUUUGGGAUAAAACCAGCUUGGAAUGUUUGAAGGUGUUAACGGGACACACUGGCUCUGUCCUUUGUCUGCAGUAUGAUGAACGGGUCAUUGUGACUGGCUCUUCAGACUCCACAGUGAGAGUCUGGGAUGUGAACACGGGCGAAGUUCUGAACACGUUGAUCCACCACAACGAGGCUGUACUGCACUUACGCUUCAGCAAUGGGCUGAUGGUGACCUGUUCCAAGGACCGCUCCAUUGCAGUGUGGGACAUGGCUUCUGCCACCGAUAUCACUUUACGCCGUGUCCUGGUUGGCCACCGUGCUGCUGUCAAUGUAGUAGACUUUGAUGAUAAGUACAUUGUGUCUGCCUCUGGUGACAGGACCAUCAAAGUCUGGAGCACGAGCACCUGUGAAUUUGUUCGUACUCUGAAUGGGCACAAGCGAGGCAUUGCCUGUCUCCAGUACAGGGAUCGGCUGGUUGUUAGUGGAUCAUCAGAUAAUACCAUAAGGCUAUGGGAUAUUGAAUGUGGUGCCUGUUUAAGAGUCCUAGAGGGACAUGAAGAAUUGGUCCGAUGCAUCCGGUUUGAUAACAAGAGGAUUGUCAGUGGGGCCUAUGAUGGGAAAAUCAAAGUUUGGGACUUGCAAGCUGCUCUAGACCCCCGAGCCCCAGCAAGCACGUUGUGUCUGCGCACGUUGGUGGAACAUUCUGGACGUGUGUUUCGGCUACAGUUUGACGAAUUUCAGAUCAUCAGCAGCUCCCAUGAUGACACAAUUUUGAUUUGGGAUUUCUUAAAUGUGCCUCCCAGUGCCCAGAAUGAGACCCGUUCUCCCUCCAGAACAUACACUUACAUCUCCAGAUAACAGUCUGCACUUUACCCGUUUCAGGGUUUCCUAGUCUUGAACUACUGGCUACUGGCUACCAAAUGCCUGAGGGAGUUCUUCACAGCUGAGUUAUGAAGCUGGAAUUGGUUCUAGACGCUGGGUAGAUGCAAAGUACCGACAUUUCUCACCUCCGAUUCUGGCCUCUACUUGGAGAAGGAUACCUUAGCUUCACCGACUUUCAGUAGCACAGAAGCCCUUUUCCUCCCCCCAUCAGUGAAAAAAAUCUAAUGCUUCAAAUGUAAAUUGUUCAUAUAAAAGGAACGUACAGUCUGUUUCACGGAAGUUGAUGGACCGUCAAGAGAAGACUUGGCCUCUAAUUUAUAUUGCUUUGCACUUUGGUGUGAUGUUAAGGAACAGCGUUCUUCUUCGGUGAAAUUUUGGGUGCCAAACACCUACCCAGAAUGUCCAGGGCUUUCUUUCUCAGAAGUUAGCGUUCUCCUUUUGACCGUCCAAGUCACUAUGAAUUCUGACUUGUAUUAGGAACAUGUUGGACAAUGGAAGAAUUUCUCUGGAUUGUUUUAGUCAUGUUUUUUGGAUUACACUUCCUUUCUGUACCAGUUUCUUUUAAUUUAAAGAAGUGCAAGCCAGGUUAUAUUAUCGCCCAACAGGUAAUAUAGCUCUUUUCUUUCAUUAACUGUUCUCUGUACCCGCAACCAUCAACUGAUAUUUGGUAGAGUAACACCUUUACACGUGUGCUUGCCUCCUAAUUUAAGAUACUGUAUCCGCAUGUAGAUAUAAUGUACAUAACAGUUUAACCUCAUGGUUGCUCGAGUCAGGGCCCCGUGCCUGAGACACUAAUGCAGAGUGUGUGCGCACUUAGCCGUGGGCUGGGCUCAAGAACCCGAUUCCAGGGUUGACAUGGAUUACCUAGAACCCUUCCUGCAGUAUUCAUAUAGUGUUUUUAUUUUGUCAUUGUCAUUGUGUGUAUGUGGUGUGUGUGUAUUUUAAUGGAAAUUUUGUUUUAAAAUGUAAUUUCUAAAGUUUAACACAGAAUGUUCUAUUUGUUGUGCAGUAUAUGCAAUAGAGAGGUACCUUAAAAUUUUUUUGUUGUUUUUUUCCUCAUCAGUACUCCUGAGUACUCGUGGUCACUUUCCAUGGUGUAUGUUCUGUGUGUUAGUAACCCUGGGAAGGGAAGAGCGAGAGGGCCAGUUGCCUGGCCCUCCUGGCUCUGGCAUCCGUGCAUCCUGCCCUCGGGGUGGUGGCAGGGCCCUCGUGGGGUUGGAGCCGUGUCCCAGGUCACGCUGGUUCAGAGGCCCAUCUUGAGUGGAAGGGUCCUCCCAUGUGGUGCGAAGCCUCAAGCUCACGAACCCCAUCCUGUCAUCUCUGGUGUCACCUGUUGUGGCGCCGGCGGGUUCUCUGCUCCCGCGUGCUCCGCAGCCCGGAUGUGAGACUGGCCCCAUCCUGCUGACGUGCCCGGAAGGGACUUUGGGUCGGCACUCCUUUUCCGUUGUUCCAUAUUAGGUUUUGAUUUGCCCCUUGCCAUUGUUUCCAAAGAUCAAGGAAUGUCGCUAACAUUUUAAAGGACCAAUGAGAACCUCCUAUUAACUAAACCUCUUCCCGUGGAAGCACAUUCUCCCACCGAAGGGAAGGUGCCUGGGCUGUUUUGUCCUCUGCAUUGAGAACGGUGUGGGGAUCAAUGUGUGUGUCUGUGAUUGUUUUAUGAGGUUGGCUUGCUUUUUUUUUUUUUUUUUCCCUUUGUCCUUUUUUAAAAAAUACAUCCUUCCCUCCCACAUGUUACUAAAUUAAUUUCUAUUUUUGAGAAGUUGAAUCUCAAAGUGUAAAAAAAUAAAUCUCCCUCCAUCAGGUGGAUGUCGUAAGCCUGACAGUGGUUGUGAAAGUGGCUUGACUUGUACCACUCUUCUUCUGACAGCUUUAAUGCCAGCCGGUUAGGAGAGCCCAGCGGGCAGGGCAGGGAGGGGGGAGGGGCGGAGGCAGUUCUGAAUGGAUGGACUUUUCUGUUGUUUUUGCAUGUUUAAUAUAGAAGUUCAUGUUCCUUGGGAGAUCAUGACCUUUGAAUAUGCACACAACCUUUGAAUUGUGCCUACUAAAUUAUAGCAGGGGACUUUGGCACCCAAGGAAUUCUGACUUUCUGGGAUUAUAGUAGUAAUUCCCAGCUGUACUCUGGACUUUAUUUUGCUAACCAUAAUUGAGCAACUGCUAUAUUAAUGUUUUAAAGCACUGGGAUAGUCUAAUUCUAACCUGUAAUUAAUUAUGUUUGCCAAUUACCUGUUUGAAUUAAAUUUGUGUCUCAACAGCUAUUGAAACUGUUAAAUUGUACAGAUAUUAUUCAUGACAGCUUUGUACCGUGGAAUGUGCUUAAUAAAAAACGAAAAGUUUGACCUUUGUCCAAUAAAUUGCUAAGUGAUGGCAAUAAGUCAAGUAUGAGUAUUACGCAGUACACCUGAUCUGGCUUCAUGCAAUUGUUACUUCAGCUACUAAUUCAAAGCCAAUACUCUAUUAAUAAAGUGUUGCAAUACUCUGA